AUGAUCGGCGAAGCAAGACCCACUAUCAAGAAGAGGAAAUAUUCCAGAGGAGGAUGCGUGGAGUGUAAAAGAAGGAAGAUGAAAUGUGAUGAGGCUAAGCCUGAGUGUCACAAUUGUACCAGGUUGAGGAAGACCUGUAUUUACUCCGAAAAGCUGAAUAUUAGGUUUCUGGACGGACCAGUGGAUGCUAGGGCAUUGAAACCAGACCAAAUACACCUGAGCUUUGAGGCAUCUUCUCAAAGUCCGGUGCCUCAGCCGCAGAGCCAUCAGCAGCAGAAUCAGCAUCAACAUCAGCAUCAGCAGCGACAGCACCCAACUGCACAGCUACAACACCUGCAGCUCGGCAGGCUGCCCUUGUUUCAGCUGCAGCCCCUGCCUUUUUCCAAUUCGUACCAACUGCCGCAACAGAACCAGCCCCAUAUGCCUGUGCAUUCUGGAGUUUACCCACACUACAAUAAUCUAACUUAUGAAAACAAUAAGGUGCUGCCGCUUCCUUCUGACAUCGAUCCCGUACGAUAUUUUAACUCUCCAUCGAGUGAGAAUAGUUAUAAUUAUGGAUUCAGGCCCAAUAGUCUUCGAAACUUAGCAAAUGCUGCAAAUUUGACCAGCUCUACGUCUAUCGACAAUUUAACUCAUACAACAAAGCCAAGUAACUCAAAUGAAGUAGAAGUCGCCACAUCUGCUAUAGCUGCGGCAACACCAAUUGCGGCUCCUGCACUGGCUAGUUCAACGGAUACACCACCGGUGGAAGCUUCAAAUUUAACUGCUCCAGGCUCUUCCACAGUACCAAGCUUUAACCCUUCCAAUAUCGUUACGAGUGGAACAUCAUCUUCUUCUACAAAUAGAUCCACAUUCAGAAAUUCUAUUCUGGAUAUCCUCACCCCGAUAGAAAAUGGAGUGGACUCUCCUGGUGCACAGCCAAGUAAAGCAGGCGAGAACAACAACAACAUAGCGAAGAUUAGCAAUACUGACAGUAACUCUCUUCCUAGUAAUAUGGACGUCGAUAUUGAAAAUUUCAUGUUUAUGAAAGGAGUUUUUGACGAAGCAAGUCUAUGGGUGCACGACUUAAAUGAUCUAGUGACUUCAGAUUUGUUAGACACAAGUCUCAAUGUAAAUAAUAAUAAUUCAACUGCUCAAAAGCCUGAACCUACUUCAUUAAAUAGUGAAUCCCUUCCGGCGAUAUCCAACUAUAAUAAUACCAAUAAUGGCUACUUUUCAGGGAGCGAAAGUGGUAAGAUGUCAGACACCUAUGACAAACAUAAUUUCCAAUUAGAUGAAUUUUCUAACCAUAUCGUCAAUCAAGUCACAAAUCAGAAUAAGCCUGAUUCAUUGUCAAGUAUGCUGCCACGAGAGGGAAGAGCUGGAGGUAGAGAUUUGAUUAAAAGGGAAGAUUUUGUGAUAUCCAACUCUGAACUAAUUGAUGAAACAAUACGACAGAAUAAUCUAGAGGGACCCCACGUUGAGUACUUGAAAAUCUUAACGAACACUGACUUAUCUUAUCACUUGUAUCCAUUUGCAUCAUCCGUUGAGCUGAAUGAAGUGGUGCAUAUACUUUUAAAGUAUCUGUUAAAUUGUCCGUACUUGCUUAUGGGCUUAUUGGCAAUUUCAGCAACUUUCCAACACAACCAAACGGGAAAGCUUGUUCAUGACUUGUCGAGACAGAAGUAUUUGUCUGUUUGUUUAACAUUACUCAGUAAGGAAUUUAAUUCAAGUGGUAAUGCUAGGAAUAAUUACAAACUUGCCAAUGACAUAGAAAGAUUGUUACUCACGGUCUUAGUUCUUACUACAAAUUUCACUGCAACUAGUACGGAUACCAGUGGUACUCCUGGUACUAAGAAGGCAGAAAAUAAUAUACUUAAUUCGUGGAAGACUCAUCUAAGAGGUGCAAAGGAUCUUCUAGUGAGCUACAGUGCAGUUAAGAGUCAAAUGAAAGAGAAAAUGAUGAGUGUAAGUCCCGGAUUAGCUUUGGCUAAGACGUGGUUUUUUGCUAUUGAAAGUUUGGCAGGGUUGAUGCUGCCAUUGGGUGGAACUGUUAUCAAGAAAAAAGAAGAAAGUGAAGGUAAAAUGGAAUUAGAAACAUCCGAGGUAAAAGAUACGUUUGGCGCAGAUUCUGACGACCAUGGACCUGGCAAAUACAAAAUAUUCACUGAUACUGGAUAUUUUUUGUAUGAACAAAAUCCAGAGUAUCAUGAUAGCUUAGUAAAAAUUGGGUUUCUUUCUCCGACUGCUAAUACCGAAAUGCACGGGGAAUUCAAUAUAUUUAUUGGGUUCACAAUUGAUGUGGUAUAUUUGAACCAAGAAUUCAUCGAAUCACUCAACUCUAUAAGAAGCAAUCCAAAAGUGAAAGUCAAUGCAGACAAAAAUUUAAGACUCAUGAGUCUAAUACAUAAAGCAAAACAAGUAGUUGUAAUUCCUGGGGUAUCUCAUUCAACACAUGCCAUACCGACUACCAGUAUAGCUCACCCGGAUUACACUGGACACGAUAAGAUAGUCUUCCCAGCCACAGCAUAUGCUAAAUCAAAUAAUGAAGGAAAGGGGCCCCCAGUAUACUAUUCUUGGUUUGAUGUCUCGCAGCAGAUUAGAGUUGACGCUGUGUAUCUUCGAAUACUUGUUCUGCCCAAUUUUUUCGGCCUUCCGAAAUCAAAUCAUGUAGUCGAAGAGCUUGUGAAGAGGUUGUUUGGAUAUAUGUUUUUUGUCAAGGAGAAAGAAGAAAAUGUUAAAAUCGAGCAAAGUAUUGUCGCUGAAAGUGAACAUUUUUACCUUCCUAGCGAUGUAUUUGACCUUAGAUGUGCUAUGAUCCAAGCGCUGUUUAGACUAUGUGUGAAUUUUGCCAAGACGGAUUUAGAAUUUGAAAAAUUGCAGUUAUUCUUCAUAGGUUUGGUUAAAUUAGGAAAUGGCAGUGCUUUGACAGCAUUGGAAAUGGUUAACAGGCUGAGAGAGAGGAGACGUAGAAGGCAAGAAAAUGGAACGGAAGAAGGAAUCUCGGACGAAGAGAGUUUGCCUGGAGACUUUGGGAGAGAAGUCAUAGCAUUUUCCUAG